CGAGGAAGGGACGACUUGGAUAACGUCGCGCACAAACGACGCUGCGCUGGCUAGUCAGUCGCUUGGCGAACGUCAGAGGAGCUGUUUCCCGAACAAAUCUUUGUCAAAUUCUCGUGCCGUGAUGUCGGAAGUAUUCAAACUGGGUGAUUUAGUAUGGGCGAAGAUGAAGGGAUUCUCACCGUGGCCCGGCCGGGUGUCAAAUCCUUCAAAGGACUUAAAGAAGCCUGCAAACACCAAGAAGGGACCAGUACAAUGCAUCUUCUUUUUUGGAACAAAUAACUACGCAUGGAUAGAAGAAUCCCACAUUAAACCAUACCAGGAGUUUAAAGAUACUUUAGUAAAAUCUAGUAAAUCUAAUGCAUUCAAAGAUGCAGUAGAAGCUAUAGAAGAAUUCAUCGCUAAAGGCGAAGUGUUUGAAGAUGGUUUGGAUCCAGAUUCCCUGUUUGACAGACUUAAAGAAGAAACUGUUGUUGAGAAGAAAAGCAUCACCAAACCGCCGAAACCACGCAAGGAAACGCCGAAGGCUAAACGAUUAGACAGCGGCGCAGGUGAUGCUCGUCGACCGGCUAAAAAACCGCGUAGAGAUUCAAGUACCAGCAAUAGUAACAGAGUCGGUAGUAUCAGUCCCACACUCAAUCACUCCACUCCGCCUAGAAAAUCGGGCUCAACGCUACUGAACAGACCGGCAAAUAUCGCCAGACCCGUUACGCCUCCCCUGGACGUGGAAACGCUCUCGCAGACACUCAAGGAGAAGAAUAUCCUGCCGUCGAACCUGAAAUUCGGAUUUCUCGGACUCGGUAUCAUGGGUAGCGGUAUUGUGAAAAAUUUGAUCAACAGCGGUCAUAAUGUGAUUGUGUGGAAUCGGACGCAGGAGAAGUGUGUAGAUUUCGUAAAAGCGGGCGCCGAGCAAGGUUUGACACCAUCCGACGUUGUAUUGGCAGCUGACAUCACUUUCUCCUGCGUGGCCGAUCCGCAAGCUGCAAAAGAUAUGGUGUUUGGCAAUUGCGGCGUAUUGACGGAAAUAACAUCCGAAAAGAGCUAUGUCGAGAUGACGGGUAUAGACGCGGAGACGUCUCAGGACAUCGCCGAAGCAAUUAACGGUAAAGGGGGACGUUACCUGGAAGCGCAAGUGCAGGGCAGCAAAACGCAGGCUCAAGAAGGAACCCUUGUGAUCCUGGCUGCUGGAGACCGGUCACUAUUCGACGAAUGUCAAUCUUGCUUCGAGGCUAUGGGCAAGAACAGUUUUUAUCUUGGCGAAGUAGGCAAUGCUUCCAAGAUGAACCUUGUGCUUCAACUUAUGGCCGGCGUGACAUUGGCCGGCCUGGCAGAGAGUAUGGCACUCGCGGAUCGUGCUGGACUUCAGCAAAAAGAUGUUUUGGAAGUUCUCGAGUUGACAUCCCUAGCGUGUCCCGCGAUUCUUGACAAGGGCAAAGCUAUCAUCGAAGGUGGCUUUCCCACUCAAUUGCCCUUGCAACAUAUGCAGAAGGAUCUGAGACUGUCCUUAGGCAUGAGUGACCAACUGGAGCAGCCCUUGCCGUUGGCCGCCGCAGCCAACGAGGUCUACAAGCACGCUAAGCGUCUCGGAUACGGUGAACACGACGCCUCGGCCGUUUACAUCAGGGCCAGGUUCUAACGCAGUAUGCCUGUGUCACCGAGCUUUCGCUACGUCAUAUUUAUUGCGAUACCUGACGUUGUUUCCCGCCGCUACACAAAGCAAAGAGGGAGAGAGAAUCGCAAUGCGUGCUUUAACGAGAUAUACCCGUUUUGGUACGAUUUAGCGAUGUAUACGCCGCCACAUUUAUACGCACGUUACGUGAAAUGUUUUGAAGAAAUAGCGAGUAUUUUGGGCAAAGUUGGACAAGAUAUACAAUAGCGUUGAAUCGUAGGAGAGUUUUGUCGUCGCGCGUUCGAAAGAAAAAGUGUUGUUGCGUAAACACGCGCCAAAGUAAAUUACGUUAGUUUUUAUACCCUCUAACGUCUUCCACCUUAAGGUGGUGGUGCUGGCGAUAAUCAGUUGAAUGUGCUGGCGAUAAUGUUGAUAAGUAGUAAUAGCUGAUAUCCUUUACUCUUCUCUUUUUAAUUAAUUAAUUCUUCAAAAGUGUUCGCUGAAGAGAAUAAGAGGGUGAAAACAUUUCCCUUCGUGCGCGCGAACGAAAACAUAAAUGUCAAGUUUAAUGAACGGUUGAAAGCUCUCUAGAGUCGCGUCUCGGCUUCGAUCGUGCGAGAGACGCAGGCCUUCGGCUCGGUAUCGAGAGAUUCGGGCGUAACGAAAAUAUAUGUGCCUUACGAUACCGAUCGAAGGGAGGCCUUCUUUUCCACGCUGACUUAGAAACUGGCUGGGGGACGGCGGUUGACAAAUUACAUACACACACACACACACACACACACACACACACACUCACUCACUCACUCACUCACUCACUCACUCACUCACUCACUCACUUACACACAUAUGUACUCACUUAUACACCGCAUCGACUUGAGACUAUCUUAAUAACUACGAUUGACUUAACAACGGAGACGUCAAUGAUGAUAACCGCAGGGAUACGGAGAUGCGAUACACUUUAUGUGCAAUCAUAAAGUUUUAAUUCGGGCACGGGCAAAAAUGCCCGGCAAUACAGUAGAAAUAUUCACCAGUCGAAGGGGUUGGGUAGCCACUGGUCCACCUACGGGUAUCUUUAUCAUCGUACCUCACAAUUUUUACUCAGAGAUAACGGUUGUUUUGUAGACGCAUUUUUAUUUCGGACUUUAUACAACGAACAAGAAAUGAACGAUCGUAUUCUGCGUUAAUUAUCAGUUGGCGAACAGGAAGAGCGAAGUGAAGAGUAAUUACUUUCUUUUUUGUCCUGUAGAUAAAUCGGCAAAACACAUGAUAGUACACUCCUGUCGACGAAUACGUUGACACGGCAUAAUCCUUCCGAAAUAUCGUCACAAAGUUAUCCAAGUAGAGCGAAAUACAAAGUAAAAUGUGAAAAAUUAAGAUAAAUUUCAAAUUAUUUGCGCUCUUUGAGUUAAAUCAUUUUUGCUAAAUGUUACUAUAUGACAAGACAAUUAGUAGCGCGGGAGAAUUAGCAAUGGAACAAUAUUGAGAAUAAAGCUUGUGAGAGGAAUUACUAAUAAUAGUAUAUAUUACAGAGUUACACUAAUAAUAUACUAAACCACUUAAUAUUACUUAGUAUAUUAUAAAGUGUCGUAUUUUCCAAACAUUUAAAAUUCUACGAAUCAUUUAUAAUCGACUUUCGUCGGAACCUUAUAAACAACAGAAAUCACUAUAACUAUUUAUAUGUUACUGUUAAUAAGUUCCUGAGCACCUGAUCUUGUCACAGCGGGAACAGAAACAAUAUACUCAUAGGUAUUUGUUAUGUUUUAGCCUAUCCACUCCUUCACCUCACACUCGAAGAAAAAGAGACUCCAAAUUGUAAUCGAAAAUUGUAAUCAAAACUAAUGAAACUUUAUUUGCUCUCGAACUUUCUUUUUAAAUCCCAGUGUUGUAGCGUUUAGUAUACGGGGUAGUUUGUUUCCUAUAGAAGCAUAGUUGCGUGUUUGGCGGACAUUGACUUUACAAAACAAUUCUCGGGACGAUCACCAUGAUACAUAUGGCGCACUCUCUUUCUUUCUCUCUUUCUUCCCCGCCCUUCCUCCCUUUCUUUCUCUCUCUUUCUUUUUCUUGUGAACUACGAUUAUACGAUUUUCGUCGCAAGGAAGGAUCCUCGACGGGAAAGGGAAACUAAGUGGAGCUUCGGUUCCGUUUACCCAAGACGGCUGUGUGAGCCUCAUAGAUGAUACGCCACACGAAGUCGAGAGCGACCGGAGAGCCGCGCGAGAUUUGGCUUGUGGAGGAGACCUGCGGUCGAGUUAAGCACACGAAUUUUCCUGUUCGACAUUGACACGGAGGAGAGCAUAUCUGACGAUCGUAGACGAUUUUUCGCGGGAAGAUUUUUCGAUUUUCGAAAUUUCAAAAAGAACGAUUAUUUAUAUUCGAAAUCAAUUUCCGAUCGUUGUUUGUUAUUUUACGCGAUUUCAUUUCGAAAAGAUAUUUUGUAAACAUUGAUUUUUCAGAGUUUAAUGAAUAGCGUGUAUAUGUUGCAUUUGUAGAUUGUUGGAUCUGUCCGCAAUCUGGUAAUUACGCGACACUUUUAAAUUGUUAUCUGUAAAUCAUUUUUUUCACUUGUAGAUAAGACAAAUUAUAUGUCGAGUUGUUUUGUAGAAAUUGUAGUUUCUCGGGAAGAAAAGAGGAGGAAUAUAUAUAUAUAUAUAUAUAGCGAUUGUGAAUGUGUGUGUUGAAUAUAACACGCAAAAGCAAAGCAAAUCCUCUUGUAAAUGAAAUGACGCAGUAACGUCACGACGCUAAGUACGUAAAACUACGGUAGGAAGGAAGCUGUAUACGGUAGAGUAUACUUUAGAUACUUGACCGCGAUGGAUAAAUAUUUUUCACAGAGUCAAACGGAAAAUCGUGUUGUUCGCUCGACGAGGUCUCGAAUUUGUAAGCGUGUGGGAAAUUACGUAAUGUAUAGCUGAGAUAACAGUGGUAUGUCGCCAUAUCACAUACAACAACAUGUAAUUAGACGUACACAAUCAGCAGUAAAUAAUAAUAAGAUUACAAUGGUACAUUGUAUGCAUACAAGCUAUAAAGCCCUGGCAUGGGUGGAGAUAGAAAAAGCAAAUAUUAAAUAUUCUACAACAAGCAUAAAGAAAACAGAAAAGAAGAACAUAUGCAUUAAUUAGUAAAUGUUAAGUUUACUAAAAUGGAGAAACAGAUUAAUAAUAGUGAUGUGGGAGGAAUUAGUAUGAAAGUGCGACCGAAUGAAUGAGAGUGUACGUCAUGUGUGUUACGUCAGCAAUAGACGUUAUAUGUUUUUGUCACGAACACAUCGUUUUUUGAAUAAAUAUCUAUUUGAACUAUGAA